ACGCUCGCAAAAGUGUACCAAAUAUUAGCUGCGAAAAUCCACCCUAUUGGAAGGAUGUCAACUUGAAAACCACCUUAAAAAGAAAUUGACGGUGAAAGAAGAGGGAGGUCAUUUAUAGCACACCUUCGUUGGCACUUCAGAGAGCCCGGAGGCGCAUGCGUACUCGCCCUGUAACCAUGGCGCGCCGCUGACCGAGUUGAUGACUGGGAGCUGACUUCUCUGAAGACAAAAUUCGACGUUCUGAAGGACUUUCCUCGCACGUUUUUUCACUGUGACGCUUUUGUGUUGCUAAGUGUUCGCCCGUGAAAGUUUUUUUGUCGAUAUUUGAAAGUCUUCUGACUUGUCUUCAACGCAACAGCAGCACCACGCUGGCCUCAUGCCUCAGAGCAUCAGCGCUGAGCUCAUCCCUGCCAAGGCUCCCAGGAGGAACGGCUGGUCGUGGCCCCUUCAGACCUUCCAGGUGCUCGCCUGGCUCACAUUCUUCUACAUGGCCGUGGUCGGGUUCGGGAUCUACAUUCCACUGCUGCCUCUGCCGUGGAACUACAUCGCAUACUCUCUGACUGGCGUCACAUUCGUCAUUCACCUUCUCACACACGUGGCUGCGACGAGCGUCGACCCGGCUGACGCCAGCGUGAGAGCCAAGGAGAGCUACUCUCAGCCCGUGCCCGCCUUCGACCGCUCGCGGCGCCCUCACGUCAUCCAGGACCUGCACUGUUUCCUGUGCGACGUCAUGGUGUGGGUGUCUGGAGCCGGCGUCGGCCUGGACCCACGAGGCUUACGGUUUCCUUCCUAUUCCCACAGAGGCCGCAAAACAAAGCACUGCAGCGUGUGUAACAAGUGUGUGGAGGAGUUUGACCAUCACUGCAAGUGGCUCAACACCUGCGUGGGCGGAAGGAACUACAGGUACUUCCUCUGGGCUCUGUCCUCGGCCAUAUGUGGGGCGCUUCUGCUCCUCGUCACCAUCCUGUUCGUCUUCGUCCAGCAUCACCUGGACCCGGGGACGUUACGGACACAUCCAAAGUUCCAAGCAGUGUCCGUGAACCAGACCUGGCUGGUGUUCCUACCUUCAGCCCCUCUGAAGACCAGUUCAGCGGCUCUGCUCACGCUAGCCUUCGUCAGCGUCAUGCUGAGCCUGGCCUGCCUGCUGAUGCUGGCUCACCUGCUGUGCUUCCACCUCAUGCUUUUGCACAAAGGCAUGAGCACAUUCGAGUACAUCAAGCUUCACUCGGUCAAAGAAGGACAAAAACGAAACGUAGGAGCGGAAACACCGGGCGCCACAGAGACGACCGACAGACUCCCGAAGAAGGAAGAGCGUUCAGUCAUAUGCGAGCCAGAGCUGUCGCCGCCCGCCAGCCAGGUGUCAGCGGGACUCUGCACCCAGGUGGGAAAUCUCCGAAAAGAGCUGUUUGAGAAGUCGGCCUCUAAAACUGCUGCAGGCGACACCAGCAGCUGGACUCCGGCUUCACACUGGGAUGAUCAACAGGAGUGUGCCAGGUCUGUGGUGCCCGGGGUCCAGGACCCCCUCGGCAGUUCCAUCAUGACUCCGGUGGAUGUGUAGUGGGUGCGGUGCGGUGGAGGCC